AUGGAGAAAGUCGCGUCGUGCACUGUGUGGAACCUGUUUCCCAUCGCGAUCCUCUGGAUCAUCGCUGCAGGAGGAAAAUGCCCGAGCAGCGACAACGUCCCCGCGUGGCUGUGGACGGUGGACGAAUAUGCGGAUCACUGCAAACAUCCCAAUCUUUCUCUGGUGUGCGAUCCCGAUAGGAUACUGUGCGCAAACGAAACGGUUGCCCUGGAUCGGCUCAUCGAACGUAUCCGCAAAGAGACCGUCUGCAUGUGUUCCAGCUGUGAAAGGACGAGGAGACUAAGUGGGGCCACUCUGGGUGUCGCCCUCGUGGAGAAUCUAAAAACAUCUGACAACGAGACCAUAUUGCAAGCGGUGCCCAGAUUUGCGAAGACUCUCCGCAACGAAUGGAGCUUGGGCCACUGCGACGAUGAUGUUAUUAUCGUCUUACGUAUCUCAAGAAGACACAACGAAUCACAGUCAUACACGGUGGUUGGGUCAGCCAUGUCCGGCGUGUUUCCUGACAAAGUGGUCGACCAAAUCUACCUCAAGAGCCAGGGCCACUUUACGAACGGGUCCUACUACCAGGGGCUGAAAUCCAUGAUCCGGGCCUACUUCGAAAAGCUGAGGCGGCAUCAGGACCAAGUGCUCCUUACUCGGCAAACGGAAGGCAACGGAAGCGAACUGGGCCUCAUACUGGGAGCGACGUUCGGAACUCUGGUCCUGCUGCUGACAGUAAUCGGGGGAGGAGUGUACUGGCACGGCUCGCUUCACUGCGUCCACACCUACUUGGUGGCAUCGUUGUCUGCGUCAACACGGAGAUUAUCACAUUUACGGCUCGGACGGCCACAAACAAGGACACCCGGCGAGCAACGAAAUGGCAACAACACACUACCAGAAGCCACGCGUCUGUACGCCGAAUCAGAAACUGGAUCAGCGUCGCACGACGAGAAGACAGUUGAUCACAAAGCGUCCACUUCAGGCGACCAGGACGAAAACAACGACGACGAAUCGGACGGCGAACCAGAAACUGUAUUAGCGUCGCACGACGAAGGCACAGUUGAUCACAAAGCGUCCACUUCAGGCGACCAAGACGAAAACAACGACGGCGAAUCGGACGGCGAACGAGAAACUGGAUCAGCGUCGCACGACGAAGGGACACUUGAUCACAUAGCGUCCACUUCAGGCGACGAAGACGAAAACAACGACUCCGAAUCGGACGGCGAACCAGAAACUGGUUCAGCGUCGCACGACGAAGGCACAGUUGAUCACAAAGCGUCCACUUCAGGCGACCAGGACGAAAACAACGACGGCGAAUCGGACGGCGAACCAGAAACUGGAUCAGCGUCACACGACGAAGGGACAGUUGAUCACAAAGCGUCCACUUCAGGCGACCAGGACGAAAACAACGACGGCGAAUCGGACGGCAAACCAGAAACUGGUUCAGCGUCGCACGACGAAGACACAGUUGAUCACAAAGCGUCCACUUCAGGCGACCAAGACGAAAACAACGACGGCGAAUCGGACGGCGAAUCGGACGGCGAAUCGGACGGCGAACCAGAAACUGGAUCAGCGUCACACGACGAAGGGACAGUUGAUCACAAAGCGUCCACUUCAGGCGACCAGGACGAAAAGAACGACGACGAAUCGGACGGCAAACCAGAAACUGGAUCAGCGUCGCACGACGAAGGGACACUUGAUCACAUAGCGUCCACUUCAGGCGACGAAGACGAAAACAACGACUGCGAAUCGGACGGCAAACCAGAAACUGGUUCAGCGUCGCACGACGAAGGCACAGUUGAUCACCAAGCAUCCACUUCAGGCGACCAAGACGAAAACAAUGACGGCGACCAAGACGAAAACAACGACGGCGAAUCGGACGGCGAACCAGAAACUGUAUCAGCGUCGCACAACGAAGGGACAGUUGAUGACGAAGCGUUCGCUUCAGGCGACCAAGACGAAAACAACGACGGCGAAUCGGACGGCGAACCAGAAACUGGAUCAGCGUCGCACGACGAAGGGACAGUUGAUCACCAAGCAUCCACUUCAGGCGACCAAGACGAAAACAAUGACGGCGAAUCGGACGGCGAACCAGAAACUGGUUUAGCGUCGCACGACGAAGGUACAGUUGAUCACCAAACGUCCACUUCAGGCGACCAAGACGAAAACAACGACGGCGAAUCGGACGGCGAACCAGAAACUGUAUCAGCGUCGCACAACGAAGGGACAGUUGAUGACGAAGCGUUCGCUUCUGGCGACCAAGACGAAAACAACGACGGCGAAUCGGACGGCGAACCAGAAACUGGAUCAGCGUCGCACGACGAAGGGACACUUGAUCACAUAGCGUCCACUUCAGGCGACCAAUACCAAAGCAACGAUGGCGAAUCGGAUAGGCGAACCAGAAACUGGAUCAGCGUCACACGACGAAGGGACAGUUGA